AUGGAAGGAAAGAAAAUCUGCACGAGAGGACCAAAUUUCUCGGAAGACGAACGAGCCAUACUCCUCCAGUUGAUAACCGAUAGGAAAAACACGAUCGAAAACAAAGCUACGAACAAAGUCAGCAACAUAUGCAAACAGAAAGCCUGGGAAGAGGUGACAGACAUCUUUAACGCCAGCGUAUCCAUACCAAGGACUGUAAAGCAGCUAAAAAUCGUAUACGAGAAUAUGAAAAGGCGUAUGAAGAUAUAUGUGGAUGAACAGAACUAUCUGAAGAAAACGGGGUACACUUAUUAGCAAAUAGGGAAGCGGAUAACGAAGUAAAAGUGGAACAAAACGAGCUAUACGGGAAUGUAGUAAAACCCGAGCCAGUCACUCCCGAACAUUCAGUUUACCAAGAUUUCUCAGAUUUCUACACCACGACUCAACCGAGGCGGAGACACUACGCUGGCCGUAGAGAAAAGACCCUCUUCGAAUUGAGGAAGAUCAAUUUGUUGUUAAAAAAGAAGCACUACAUGCAGAAAUUAAAAAACGCUCGACUCGAGGAGCAAAUUUUGAAGUACGAACUAGAAAUAAAGCAAAAACAGCUCCUCAAGUUAAGUUAA